CCCGGCUGCUCAGUUGCAAGCAGGGGACCGCGGCGGCGGCGCGGCUAGACGGGGGCGAAAGCGGCUGAGGUCGGAGCGAGCCGGCGUUUGCCUGGAAAGCGCAUGGUGUCCUCCCAGAUGCCUCUGAAAUUUAACUUCCAUCAUCCCUGACCAUUGGCCAUGCUGGCUCAUGAGAGCUGGAGUCCAACAACAUUUGGAGGGUGAUGAUUCUAUCUGCAGAGGAGUGAGCAGGUCAUCAGCAGCAAGGGAGGAAAAAAGAAGGUUUGAUCCUUUGUUUUUGUUUUUGUGGCGGAAGAAAAGGGGAAAUGGCGUUGAUGCUGCUCAGCCGACAUCUAACGAGUUCGUUGCAACAGAACUCUAGGAUUAUUGCAGCUUGGCACAGAGGAAUCAGUCAAGCUGCAGCAAAAAUCGAUGUGGAGUUUGACUAUGAUGGGCCCCUCAUGAAGACAGAAGUCCCCGGUCCAAGAUCCAGGGAAUUAAUGAAACAGUUGAAUAGAAUUCAGAAUGCAGAAGCCGUGCACUUUUUCUGCAACUACGAAGAAAGCCGGGGAAACUACCUUGUCGACGUUGACGGGAACCGAAUGCUGGAUCUCUACUCUCAGAUAUCUUCCAUCCCAAUAGGUUACAGUCAUCCAGCUCUAAUAAAACUCCUCCAGCAGCCCCGGAAUCUGAGUACCUUUGUCAACAGGCCUGCCCUGGGGAUUCUUCCCCCAGAGAACUUUGCUGAAAGGCUAAAGGAAUCGUUGCUUUCGGUGGCUCCUAAGGGUCUAUCUCAGGUUAUAACCAUGUCUUGUGGAUCUUGCUCAAAUGAAAAUGCCUUCAAAACCAUAUUCAUGUGGUACAGGAGCAAAGAAAGGGGGCACAACAGUGUUACCAAGGAAGAGCUGGAGACAUGCAUGAUCAACCAGCCCCCCGGUUGUCCAGAGUACAGUAUGCUUUCCUUUAUGGGCGGUUUCCAUGGGAGAACUAUGGGCUGCUUAGCUGCCACGCAUUCCAAAGCCAUCCACAAACUGGACAUCCCUUCCUUUGACUGGCCCAUCGCUCCCUUUCCAAGGCUGAAGUAUCCUCUGGAAGACUUUGUGAGAGAAAAUCAACAAGAAGAGGCCCGCUGCCUAGAAGAGGUGGAAGAUUUGAUUGUAAAAUACAGGAAAAAGAAGAAAGUUGUGGCAGGAAUUAUCGUUGAGCCCAUUCAGUCAGAAGGAGGGGACAACCAUGCCUCAGAUGACUUCUUCAGAAAGCUGAGGGACAUUGCCAGGAAGCAUGGCUGUGGUUUCUUGGUGGACGAGGUGCAGACGGGAGGCGGAUGUACCGGCAAGUUCUGGGCCCAUGAACACUGGGGCCUGGAUGACCCAGCCGACGUGCUGAGCUUCAGUAAGAAGAUGAUGAGUGGCGGGUUUUUCCACAAAGAGGAAUUCCGGGCCAAUGCUCCAUAUCGGAUUUUCAACACGUGGCUUGGGGAUCCCUCCAAGAACCUUCUGCUUGCAGAAGUCAUUAAUGUUAUCAAAAGAGAGGAUCUUCUCAGCAAUGUUACGCAUGCAGGGAAAGCUCUGUUGUCAGGGCUGCUGGAUUUACAGAGCCGCUACCCACAUCUGAUGAGCAGGGUGCGAGGGCGAGGGACCUUCUGUUCAUUUGACACUCCAAAUGAUGCUAUCAGGAACAAGCUCAUUGUAUUAGCCAGAAACAAAGGUGUCGUGUUAGGAGGCAGCGGCGACAGAUCAAUCCGUUUCCGGCCUACUUUGGUCUUCCGCGACCACCACGCACACCUCUUCCUGAACAUCUUCAGCGACAUCUUGGCAGACUUCAAGUAGCCGAGUCUUACCUUGCACUGAGAAAGCCCAAAUCCUAUAAGAGUCUGAGAAUAGUUUAUUUAAAAUCAUAAACAUAUAUAUAAAUAUAUAUAUAUAUAUUUUCACUAAUAGGAAAAACCGAAUUCAUAAAGUGGGGGGGUUGUUUUGUUUUUCAAACGUUUGUUUUAUUUUUCCAUGCUUAUCACCAAUUCGAGCUGCUUCCGACUUAAAACUCUGGACACCCUCUGGUGCUUUUGAAAUUCCUUGCAAGUAUUCUCAGUUCUGGGCAGCCGACCUGUUCAGGAUGGGGACUUAAGGGUUGUUCAUUAUCUUGGUUAGGACACAUGCUAGAUGUUUGGUGCAUUUAGUCUCUGAAGCGGGAUUCCUGAGAGCUUCCCGGCGUUUAUAACAACAAAUUUCCUACCCUUAAGGUGGCAGUGAGACUUCUGAAAAUGCACACCUACUGCCACUGAUCCAGAGCUCUGUAUACAUACCAGUGCAGAUGGGAGCAACUAUUCAUGCACAUCCAUGCACACCCCAGAGCCCCCAGACCCACAAAUAAUCACUGACUGGAGCCAACUGUGUUUGUAUUUAAGCAAUCGAAUCAUUCCCCCCUCUUUUUCGUAAAAAAAACACACACCUUUUUUUCUUUCCUUGCAUAUAUGUCCCGUUUUUCUUCUUCUGUGGUACCAAAGGUGGUAUCUGCCAGGUUCCCAGGACAUCUCCCAUCCAAGCACUGACUGGACUCAGACCUGCUUAGCUUCAGCUUGCAUGCCUUUGGACUCAGACCCUGGGUCCCAGUUUCCUUUUGAGUUCCCCGUUGCAUUUCCCUAUAUGCAGGUCACCAGAGACUUAAUCCCAAUUUCUAUUUGAUGCAGUUUCCUAACCCUGCAUGGGUCACUGCCCUUGAGCAUUGUAGAUGUUUGGGAUUGCUAUCCCAACCCUUUUAGUGGAGAUGCCAGGCACUGAACUUUGGACCCCUGGCCAGUGAGCUCCUCCUUAAUAUUAAGAGAGGUUCCUUUUUAUACCCCCCCCACCACACUUCCUGUGCCAAAUGUCUCUGCCAGCACAGAACUCUCCUUUGCUGGAGGAUUUUAAGCAGAGCUUAAGUCAGAGAUUCUUUACCUAUGAUUCCUGCAUUGCAGGGGGUUGGACUAGAUGGCCCUUGGGGUCCCUUCCAGCUCUGGAAUUCUGUGAUUCUACUAAAGUCACAUCAGUGAGACUAAAUCACGUAGAUGGUGCUUCCGAAGGCAAACAUCUGGCUUGGUGCAAAAGGUCCCGAUUUGCACAUUUAGGAAUGCACAAUGAACAGCCCUGUUGCAAAGGUGCAGAAAGGCACCCCUCAUCUGUCGGAACCAGAAUACUAAUUUCUCUUAGCAAUGCCUAGCCUUUUGCAGAUGAAACAUGGCCUGCGUUAACUGGUGAAUACACCAGCUCAUUGAACGUGGGGCAGUUUUUGAUGACCUCCCCAUUUUACAAUCCCAGGCAGGCAGCAAAAGCAAAUGGUCCGUCCUGCCACCCCAGACCUGCAGCUGCAUGUGGCUGGACUGUGUUUUAGCCUUGAAGCAUUGUCACUUGGCCUCAAAUAUCUUCCAUGCUGGGGCGAUAUGUCGCACACAGAUGUCCUCCUGCUAAUUUUGGUGUCCAGAGAGAGAGAUGGGGGGGGGGGAGAAGCAGCAGAGUUUGUGAGUGUGGGUUUUGAAGUUUUGGGGUUUUUUACAAGGUUGUCUGCUAAGCAGAAAGUGUGGACUUUUGUAUGGAUUGGGAAGAUAUGUUUUAAGGAAAGUAACACACACAUACACACAGCACUAAAUAAUUUUCAAAUAACUUUUUCAGCACUUUUAACACUGAUUUUAAGUUUCUAGACUUUGUGGUUGUAAUACACAAGCAUGCGGCUUGCUUGUGCAAGACUGGGCCAAACUCCAUGUGCUUUUUUUUUUAGAUACUGUGCCUUUAUUCCGCCCCACCUCCCCUCCCACCAUGCAUACCCUUCUCAUAAAUGGAGUUCUUUAUGGGAUGAAGAGACAGAGAAAUUCACCCUCCUCUGCUCAAAAUGCUCUGUCACAACUCCUUACCUUGCUGUCCCUGUCACUCAGUAUUGCCUGAAAAAGGGGG